AUGCACCAGUGCUUCUACGAGAUGCUCGGCGUGCCAGAGAUCGAGGGGAGCACCGCUUUCCGGAAGCGCUUCUUCAAGCACGCCAUCAGCUGCGCGGACAUCUCGCACGGCGACGAGGAAUGGGCGAAGGUGCUGAGGGACAUCUAUAAGGCCUACACGCAGGCCGUUGCUUCGCCCUCUUCCCUCCUCGCUCCUCCCUGCUCCUUCCCCCGUCUUUCUUUCUCCAUCGGUCGAUUAUGGUUCGACAUAUGUGAAACGGACCUCGAUACUGCGAGCUGCUUGGUUGCGUCUCGGUGGUUCGGUGGCUCAAUCUUGAGACUUAGGCAGGGUACACAGCUGUCCCGUAUAAUCUUCGGUGUGGAAUAUCAAGACUGCUUGCAACCAGGAGGGCGUAUAUUUCGUCGAUCAUAUAUGGUUUAA